GAUUCGGAGAUGGAGCUCAACAAAACUAUUCCUUGCUUGAAUCCCGUCUAUCUGAAGCUCCGGCCAAAUGGAUUCCGAUCGCCAGAUACGGGAUAACGAAGACCUCAAAUCCGCCGAACAGCAAAAUCCACUGGCCAUUGUGCCCUCCAAAGAAAUCACUUCACCUCCAUUUGCUACUGCUUCAAUCUCUCGUUCUCUCUCCACUAUCCUCCCCUCUCACUUCUUUGCGCAACCCAAGACCUCUGCUUUAUUCUCGCCCCAACCCAACAAGGUGAAAGUCCCUACGCAGGCUGCCUCUCUCGCUCACCUUUCUAUUUCCACCUCUUCUCCUUCCCUUUCGAAAAUCUCCUUCAAGUCCACUAUUUCAGCCAUUCCUCUCCAUAGUCCUUUCGCUCUGGGUCCCCACCGCCCCUUAGAUCCAUCUAAUGGGGCUGCAAUUCGUCGAGCUUCCAUAGUUUGGUUCCGCAACGACUUACGGGUCCGCGACAAUGAAUGUCUCAAUUCCGCCAACAACGAAUCCAUGUCGGUCUUGCCAGUUUACUGUUUCGAUCCUGGAAAUCAUGACAAAUCUUCGCCUGGGUUCGAUAAGAGCGGGUCUUACCAGGCCGCAUUUGUUAUCGAAGCGGUCUCGGACCUCCGAAAGAACCUUCAGGCUAGGGGGUCUGAUCUUGUGGUCAGAAUUGGGAAGCCUGAGACUAUACUGGUUGAGUUGGCGAAGGCAAUUGGGGCUGAUGCUGUGUACGCCCACCGAGAGGCUUCCCGCGAUGAGGUGAAGGCCGAGGAGAGGGUUGAGGCGGCAAUGAAGGAAGAGAACAUAGAGGUGAAGUACUUCUGGGGUAGUACUUUGUAUCAUCUCGAUGAUUUACCUUUCAAGUUGGAGGAUAUGCCUUCCAACUAUGGAGGAUUUAAGGAGAAAGCUGGAAAUUUGGAGAUAAGGAAGACAAUCGAGGCAUUGGAUCAGCUAAAGGGGCUGCCAUCUCGUGGAGACGUGGAACCGGGCCAAAUUCCUUCUUUGACGGACCUGGGGCUUAACCCAUCUGCAACAAUGGUACAGGAUGGGAAGCAAGCUGCCAGCACUUGUAUGGUAGGAGGGGAGACUGAAGCACUACAGAGGCUCCGAAAAAUUGCAGCUGAGUGUAAAGCUCAACCACACAAGGGGUUUAAGAAUGGCACCCAAGAUAGCAUUUAUGGUGCCAACUUUUCCUGCAAAAUUUCUCCUUGGUUAUCAACAGGAUGCGUCUCCCCUCGCACAAUAUUUGAUGAACUAAAGAAAACUGCCAGCAGGACUUUUUCUGCUUCCUCAAACCAAAAUGAUGGUGGCAGUGGCUCAAAUUGGUUGAUGCAUGAAUUUUUAUGGAGAGACUUCUUUAGGUUUACAUCCAAGAAGUACAGUACUGCGAAGAAACACCUGGAAACUGCACCAGCGCUUGCCUAAGCUACUAUUUGCAAGUGCAUAUAAUCUUUAUUUCUGGAUGUGAAUUCCUUCCUUGCGUGCAAGAGUUGCAUGUUGGAGCGGACGGUUAUGAGGAAAAGACUCGGUUGAAGUUCUGUUCCAACUAGUAAAUUAUCAGAAUGUGGAAGCUUUUUAUCAUGUCAAUGGUGGUAGAUGCGAGACCUAAUAAGGGUAUCUGCUGUGCCAAGCAGAUUGAGUCCAAAUUUAGGAGAUGUUUUAAAUUAUUUUUGUUUUGUUGUUAUGAGAACUGAUAUUUUGUAGAAUAUAUUUUAAGAGCAAAAAAAAAAUGAUGAAAAUUAAUAUUUCUUCCA